AUGCCGAACCUAGGAAAACGCAACGCGUCUUCUGAGUUUGUCGACUUGACAAACUCAGAUUCAGAGAAUGAGGUUCCACGUGCUCAGCAGCGAAAACAGCCAAGACUUAAUCCUACUGCUGGUCUUUCGAGAACUUCGGGGGGCUUCGGUGGUUCAAGCUCAAGUCAAGCUAUGACUGUUCGUGAUCAAUGGGGUGAAGGUGAUGAGGAUGAGGAUAUUGAUUUGAGUCAAGAAGUUGAAGAGGGGUUCGGAUGGGUGUGUCUUGGUGCUAUUGAUGGAAAGAUUGUCGGGGUUAGAUUUUAUAAUGGCUAUGCCAGCCCUGGCGAGCAGGUCAUGAUUAGGAGGGAACCAGGAAAUCAGUAUGAUUCAAACGCGAUUCGAGUCAAUAACGUUCAGGGAACACAAAUUGGACAUUUGCCGAGAGAGUUGGCGGCUAAGCUGGCGGGGUUUUUGGACGCAAAAACUAUUGUCAUGGAGGGCAUUCUUGCCGGGGAGAAGAGAGCAUAUGAUUGUCCUAUUUUGCUUAAGGUUUAUGGACCCGCAGAUCCUGUUGUAAGGGCUGAUUUGGGGAGAGAGUUGGCUGCCAAGAGGCUACCACUGAAGAAACGAGAUGUUGCGGCACCGAAACAACCGAAGGCUCCUGUUCCACCCCCUCAAAGAAAGGAAAUGGGUUUCAAAUCUUCUCAAGGAGGUGUAUCUAGUCAACCAGAGCCAGUACCUCAACCAGUCAUUGAUCUAGCACACUUUGUCGCCAACAGCGAACGAUUCAACCCAAGAGGAGUUGAUAAAAUGGCUGAGGAGUUAGGCCUACCCGAGGAUGCCCUUGCAAAGAUGCCUAUGGUAGAGCAGCCAGAGGCUCUCAUAUGCACUUCGCUUCCAUAUCAACGUCAAGGUUUAGCAUGGAUGCUUGAAAAGGAAAACCCAGUUUUACCAGAUGCCAAAUCCGAUCAAGUGGUACAACUUUGGAAAGCCUCCAAAAAACACAAAGGCACCUACCAAAAUGUCGCAACCAAUUACUGUGAUAAAGCUCCGAAGUUGGCCUCGGGUGGUAUACUCGCUGAUGAUAUGGGUCUUGGAAAGACUGUGCAGGUUAUUUCCCUCAUUCUUGCAGGUGGAUCAGGUACAACUUUAAUCGUUGCGCCAGUUAGUGUUAUGUCGAAUUGGGCACAACAAAUGGAAAGACACAUCAAGGAAGAUAAAGCUUUGAAAGUCUUAACUUACCAUGGCAGUCAUGGCAAGGUCAAGGGAAUGACCCCAAAUGAAUUUGGACAGUACGAUGUUGUCAUCACUACAUAUGGCAUUCUCAGCUCAGAAUUGUUCCCUCGUGGCUCGAAGACUCCAGGGAAAGUCCCAACUUCUUCUGGAUUGUAUUCGAUGAACUGGCGCAGAAUUGUUCUCGAUGAAGGUCACAUCAUCCGUAAUCCAAAGACAAAGAGUGCCAUUGCAGCAACGAGUAUCACUGCAACCUCCCGAUGGGUUUUAACAGGAACACCAAUUGUUAAUACUAUAAAGGACUUUUACUCCAUGCUAAAAUUCUUAGGUGUCAGUGGUGGUCUCCAAGAACUUGACAUCUUUAACUCAGUGUUUACUCGCCCAUUGGCAUUGGGAAGCCGUGAUGCGGAAGUGCUUUUGCAAACAACGAUGAGAGCUAUGUGCUUGCGACGUAAGAAGGAUAUGAAGUUUGUCGAUCUAAAAUUACCUGACUUGUCAGAGUUCGUCCACAAGGUCAAGUUUAGAGAUGAUGAACUAAAAGUCUAUGAAGCUUUGGUUAAACAAGCUCAAGGUAUGGCUCAACAAUAUCAAAAGGAAUCAGAAUCUCGCAAGAAGAACACCAUUUCAUACACUCACAUUCUUGAGAUCCUCCUUCGUAUGCGUCAAGUAUGCAAUCAUUGGAAACUUUGCGAGAACAGAGUUACCAGCCUCAUGGAAGCUAUUGAGAAAGAUGAUGUUGUUAUUCUUAACGAGGAGAAUAGACUUGCCCUACAGAUGCUCCUCCAACUUAACAUCGACAACCAUGAAGAAUGUGCCAUCUGUCUCGAGGAACUCCACGACCCCGUCAUCACGGUCUGCAAGCACGUUUUCGGAAAAGAAUGUAUCGAGCGCACCAUCGACUUGCAACACAAAUGCCCCAUGUGUCGAGCCGACUUGGCAAACAACGAAUGCCUCGUUCGCCCCGCCGUCGAAAAGGCAGAAGCUGAGGAAAUUAACACGGAUGAAAAAUCUUCCAAGACGGAAGCUCUCAUGCAAAUCAUCAAAGUCACACACAAUGAUCCGCUUUCAAAGGUCGUCAUUUUCUCCCAAUGGACCUCUUUCCUCAACAUCAUUCAAAAACAACUCGAGCAAUCCGGAAUCAAAUUCGCUCGUAUCGAUGGAUCCAUGACCGCCCCACAACGUGACAAAGGCAUGCAAUCCCUCGAAUCCGAUCCCGAAUGUCGUGUCCUCCUCGCCAGUUUGGCAGUUUGUUCCGUAGGUCUUAAUCUAGUGUCGGCUGAUACGGUUAUCCUUGCAGAUUCCUGGUGGGCUCCGGCAAUCGAAGAUCAAGCUGUAGAUCGUGUGUAUCGUCUGGGACAGAAGCGUGACUGCAAGGUUUGGAGAUUGGUGAUGGAGGGAAGUAUUGAGGAGAGAGUGUUGGAGAUUCAGGGGGAAAAGAGAAAAUUGGCUGGGAAGGCGUUUCAGGAGAAGGCGAGGGAGGGUAGAGGAAAGAGGAAGGAGACGAGAAUGGGUGAUGUUUUGAGAUUGUUGCGUUGA